UCUGCUGGUCAGAUACCCCUGCUGGGAGCCACCCUCUCUCUGGGUCCUGGCUCCCUUCUAGUUUGUGUUUACCAGUAUCCAUGAAGCUCUUGUCCUCCUUCCUGUAGUUUCCCUUCUUUACUUCUGUUCAUGUCCUGCUCACCUUGCUUCACUAUGGGUAUGUUGACACAGUUUCUCUGACUCCUAAUGGGAGUUCUAUGAUGUCUUAUUGUGCUCCUCACCCAGGGUCACCUUCUGGUUUUGUCUCAAAAUGGCCCUGCUACGCUGGGCUAUCUGGCAGGGCACCUCUGCUUUGUAUCUCUCCCCUUUCACUGCUGUUGUUCAGUUUCUUUUUCCAGUUGGUGUUUGAUCUAAUUCUGUAUUCCUUCAUAUGAUGCUCAGGAUUCCAGGGUUGUCUGUAUCUGUUUCACUUUGUUUCUUGGGUCUUUGCUGUAGAGGGAUGGCACGGCGUGUCUGACUAGGCCACCAUCUUGAAUCUCCCAGAAUUUAUUUUACUUUUUGUUAAUUUAUGUUUUUAUUGCGUUACAAUCUGGAAGUAUAAUUUGAACACUUUAUGGUUUUUGUAAUUAUUGAGGCUUUUUCAUAAAUGAUUUCUCUACCAUUCCAUAAAUGAUUUGGAGAAAAAUUAGAAUAUUUCUGAAGAGCUCAAAGUUUGAUCUUUGAAAUCAAUCAUGGUGGUUUUAUUAUAUGUAUAUUCUUAUUUCUGUUUUGUAGUUACGGGUAAUAGUUGUAGUAGAGAGAAGGAUGGCAUGAGAGAUGCCAAUUUAAUUAGGAUCUAUAAUUGCUGUGUAAGUUGGUGGCACAAUGGAUAAAAGUGGUCAACUGCUAAUCUAAAGGUCAGUAGUUUGAAACCCCCAGUGGCUCUGUGGGAGAAAGCUUUGGUAGUCUGCUUCUGUAAAAAUUUACAGCCUUUGAAACCCUAUGUGGUCGUUAUGAGUCGGAAUCGACUAGAUGACAGCGGGGUUUUUUUUUUUCUUUUUUCCAAAGUAUGGUUCAGCCUACUUCGUUUUAAUUGGAAAGUUACCUCAGGGAUGGCCUCACAGCCAUGGAAUGUGGAGCCCGUUUUUUAACUUAUACAUAGAAUCUUUUGACUGAAAUCCUUUUGUGGUAGUAGCACAUUAUAUUUGUAAAGCGGUACUACCAACAUUGUUUUUCUUCUGUUCUUUCUGUCAUUGACUGGACCUAAUUUGUACUAGACUUUGAUCUGGAGUGUAAUAAGUAAGUAUAUGAAAUCUUGGCCCUCCAGUAUGGACAAGAGUUGAGGAAAGUGGAAAUAUUUAAGACAGAAUAAAAUUAUAUGUUUUGAGAUGAUAGAAAAUUUAAGGAAGUGUCCAAAUAUGUAGAUCCUUUAACUUUUCUGUUAGUGAUUAAUUACUUACUUUUGUGAACUUUGGACACUGUUUUACCUAGUUUACCCCCCAGAUUAUUUGGCUAAUAACAUGUUUUGGGGAAGUUUAAGUACAGAAGAUUGUGAAGAAACAAGGAAAAAAAAGUCUUAAUUCUCCCACAUAGAGGAUUCUUAAUCACUUUGGGGUCCAGUUUCCCUUUUGGAAUUGUGGGACAACUGUGGACCUUCUCCCCAGAAAAAGAUACAAACUUUAAAUACUGUACAUAAUUGCAGAGAGGUUCGUGGAAUCCUGAAGUCUUAUCUGUGUAUCCUUUGGGCCUAGACUAUAAGUUAAUAACACUGAUCUAAGGUAAUACUAUCAACAUUUUGACAUUUAUUUCUAAUUUUUUUUUAAUUGAAAUCAUAUAUUCAGUUUUGUGUGUGGCUUUUGCUGCUGUUUAAUAGUGUAUAUCAUAAGCAUUUCCUCAUCAUUGAAAACCGCUUAAAUUAAUGACAGCAUAAUAUGCAUCGUUUUCAAUUUAGAAAUAAUUUAUUGGGUUACUCGUAUAUUCCAGGUAUUGUGCUAAUUGGGGGGACACACAGAUACAGAGGUUAAUGGUCUCUGCUCUGCUCUUGAACUAAGGAUAUCUUUGGGAGGGAAGUAAAAUUGAUUUAUAUUAUUACCUCAAUAUUGGGUAUUUAGAUUUUUUUUCCAGUACUACAGGUAAUAAUUUAGUGAACACAUUUGUGUUUAGAUCUCUUAAUAUAUUUCUGUUACCUUGCUUUUAUAGAUUGCUAGAAGAAAAGUUAAUGGGUAAAAGGAUGUCAAUCUUUGAAAGGCUCUUAAGUUACAUAUUACCAAAUUACUUUCCAGAAAGGUGUAUCUGUUUAUCUUCCCAGCUGUGUAAUGUAUAAGUGCCUGUCUUUUUCAACCAUUGAAUUAAGUAUUACCAUUUAAAAAAAUCUUUAGUAUUUUGUUAGAUGGCAGGCAUUGAAAGGAGUGGGAAAGGUAUGUCAAAUAGAGAGAGCAGCAUGAGCAAAGAUGAGAUGCUGGCAGUCUUUUGGCUGUCUACCAGAGCUUCAGUGGAAAUCAGAGGGGAGGGGAAGCGUAAGGGAUGUGUUGCAGGACGCUGAAAAUGUCUGUUAUGGUCUACUCCUUAUACAGCUUAUGCUCUUCUUUAAGCCCAACCUUCACUGUAGCUCUUCAGGAUGGUGGCUGGCAGCAGUUUCUUAAAAUGACUUAAUGGAACAAGUCAUAGUCUCCACUGUGGCAGCUGGUUUGAAGGCUAUAGGGAUGUUCAUCAUCUCCCUUCACCACCACCAUUCUAGAUCUUGCUCACCCUUUGCCAACCUUCAGCAGGUUUAGAAUGACCCAUGCCUUAUUGGCCCAUGACUCCUGCAGUUGUCUGUAUCCUUGGAAUCUCAAGAGUUUCAGACUUCCUCCUUUCUGCUCUCAUAUAUAGCAGCAACUUAGCUACCAGGGCUAGUGAACCAUUAUAAUAACUCGCUCUUUUGCCUGCUGAUUUUCCAGUUGUCACGUCACAUUCAGGUUAAUGAUACCCUGCUAAAAAUGUUUACCCCUAGGAGUAAGGAUCUGUAAUCCUACCAGAGCCUAAAACUAGGAAAUAAGUUUUGUUGUUGUUUUUUAAUUUGGUUACUAGGAUCCCAGGAGCCAAUCCUGCUUCCACUUAUAUCUUUUUAUUGUAAAUGCAUUUAUCAGUGCAUUUACUGCAUCUCGGAGGCCAUUCUAAUGCGCUAUCAUGCUUAUUAUUUCUUGAUGAUAUAGUGUAUAACGAGAUCAGUGGUGUUCUCUGCAGAAAGAAUCCCUUGGUCUCAGGUGAUGUGAUCAUAAAUUAGACACUGUUGGAUAGUGUUGCUGGCUGAGCACUGAAGGCAGGAAAGGGCAAACUCAUUUGGAAUGGUUAUCAAUGCCAGUAGGGACAAAUUGCUGCCUCCUUCAGAGUGGAAGAGGUCCAAUGUAAUCAACUUGUCAUACAAAUGGCUGACUGGCCUCCUUGAGGAAUGGUAACAUAUAGGGGGCUCAGAGCUGGUGUUUGCUGGUGACAUGUUGGGAACUCAGCACCAGCAGUAACUAUGCUAUGUCAGUUUUGGUGAGAGGAAGGCCAUGCUGUUCAGCCUAUGCAUAGCCUUCAUCUCUGUCACUAUGGCUUCUUUAUCAGUGGGACUAUUGUGUGGUCACGAGGUGGUUUAAGACCAAGUCUGGAGCAUUUAUCUACCAGUUUCUACCCCCACAUUGGUCGAAGUUUGCCGGUAAGGGUACUAACUUCCUUGUUCUUCUGGGUUGCCUUACUUGUGCUUGCACUCCCUUUGCAGAAAAAUGGAGAGACUUAAGGAACUUUGAUGGGUGUCUUAGUCAUAUAGUGCUGCUGUAACAGAAAUACCACAAGUGGAUGGCUUUAACACAGAGAAGUUUAUUCUCUCACAGUGUGGUAGGCUAGAAGUCCAAAUUCAAGAUGUCAGCUACAGUGGAAGGCUUUCUUUCCCUGUCAGCUCUGGAGGAAGGUCUUUCUCAUCAAUCUUCUCUUGGACUAGGAGCUUCUCUGUGCAGGAACCCCAAGUCCAAAGGAUUCAUUCUGCUUCUGGUGCUGCUUUCUUGGUUCUAUGAGGUCCCUUGUCUCUCUGCUUGUUUCUGUCUUCUAUAUCUCAAAAAAGAUUGGCUCAAGACACAAUACAACCUUGUAGAUUGAGUCCUGCCUCACUGACAUAACUGCCACCUAUUCCACCUCAUUAACACCAUAGGGAAAAAAAAACACACCACAGAGGUAAGAUUUACAAUACAUAGGAAAACCACAUCAGGUGACAAAGUGGUGGACAGUCACACAAUACUCAAAAUCAUGGCCUAGCCAAAUUGAUACACGUGUUUUUGGGGGACACAAUUCAAUCCGUGAUAUCCUACGCUUUGGCCCCCCCAAAACUCAUGUCCUUGCCACAUGUAAGACAUAUUUACCCCAUCAUGUCAUAGCAAAAGUCUUAAAUCAACCCCAAGUCCGAAAUCCAAAACUUCUCCUUCAUCUGUGAAAUCUAGAAUACAAGUUACCUGCUUCCAAAGUACAGUGGUGGAACAGGCACAAGCUAGGUAUUUCCGUUACAAAUUGGAGAAAUUGGAGGGAAAGAAGGGAUAACAGGCACAAACAGGUCAGCAGAACACAUUACAUUAGCCCUCCAGUUUUGAAAAUAAUCCUUUGUUCUUUGAGAUCAUUUACACAAUGGCCCUGCCCUCCAAACUCUAGUAUUGGCCACACCGUCCAGAUUCUGAGUGGAGGCCCCUCAGCUCUGGGCUUCAGCUCUGCCUUCUAGGUCCUUUGGAACGGUGACUCUGUUCCCUCGGCUUUAGGUGCACCAUUUUCCUAGUCCACCUGAGUGGUGAUUCCACCCUUAGAAACACCAGAGGCCAUGGCUCCACCCUUUGAAAUCCCAGAGUUUGUGGCUGUACCCUUUGAGACUGAGACAGGUCGGCUUCCUGUGUUCCUUGUCUUCAGCUUCUGCUUCCUGGUUCCUUGGAUUCUUGGUCCCUUGGGCCACUCUGCCUGUAUCUGGGGCACGUGUUCGAAAGCUCUGUAGCUCCACCUGUAAGUGCCUGGAGGCACCCCACUCUACAAGUAAACUUCAGCCAGAAGGCACUCAGCUCUCUUGCUCUGUGGGUUGGCAAGCCUAGCUCUAUUGAUAAGUGCCCAAAGGCACCCCAGUCUGCCAGGAAGCCUCCUGCACAAAGGCACUCAGCUCACUCUGUGGGUUGGCUCCAGUGCUGCCCGGCACUGGUUUCCUGGUUCUACUGCUGCCAGUUCUCUGCUGCCACUGCCAGUUUUCUCCUGCUGCUGGUCCUUUGCUGCUGCUUCUCAGCAUCUGUGCCAUCUCUGGCGUUAAUGGUUCUCCUCACUUCCUUCUGAGUCCUCUAUCCAUUCACAGCUUCAAAACUACUUCCACAUUUUAGGUAUCUGUAAAAGCAGCACCCCACUCUCAGUACUAAAUUCUGUCUUAAUCAUCUAGUGCCGCUACUGGGAAUCAUGGCCUAGCCAAACUGAUACACAUAUAUUUGGGGGACACAAUUCAAUCCAUGACAGUGAGUUACUGUCAGCAUGAGAUGGGAUACCGUCAGUGUAAGUGGGAACUGCCCAUGGCAACUGUGUCUGAAUUCAUCACAGCAACCGGGCUGAGGGAAUAUGAUGCAAGGCUCCACUUGUUUCCACUAUAAACCAUGCAAAAGAUGGGAAACAGCCCUAAAAACCAUUAUUAGGAGAUUGGUUGAAUAAAUUGUAGUGUAUCCACAUAAUGACUAUUAUAUAGCUGUAAAAAGGAAUGAGUGCAUUCUCUGUAUAUACAAGGAAAGAACUCCAUAUAAAGUGAAAAAAGCCAGGUAUUGAAUAUUGUAUAUGGUGUGUACCCUUUUGUGUACAAAAGUGAGAAAGUAAAAAAUAUUCAUAUUUGCUUAUGAGUAAGUGUUUGAGGAAGGGAUGGCUAGGAAUGGGGGAUGGAAGAUAAGGUAGAAGGAGACCUUUCCCUUUAUACCUUUAUUUUGUUUUCUUUUAAUAUAUUACCUGUUUAUUUUUUUAAAACCACCCUGAUAAGAUAUUUGUUAUUGGAUUAAAGUUUUAUUUUCCAUAUUACUACGUAACCACUACUUACCUGUCAGUUUGUCACACUGUGGUGGCUUGCAUGUUGCUGUGAUGCUGAAAGCUAUGUCAACAGUAUUUCAAAUACCAACAGAGUCAGUCACCCAUGGUGAACAAGUUUCAGUGGCACUUCCAGACUAAGACAGACUAGGAAGAAGGACCUGGCUGUCUACUUCUGAAAAAAUUGGCCAGUGAAAACCUUACGAAUAGCAGCAAAACAUCAUCUGGUAUAGUGCCGGAAGAUGAGCCCCUCAGACUGAAAGGCGUUCAGAAUACAACUGGGGAAUAGCUAGCUGCCACCUCAAAGGAGAGCCGACCGUAACGAUGCGGAUGAAGUCAAGAUUUUGGAACCUUCAUUUGCUGAUGUGGCACCUCUCAAAGUGAGAAGAAACAGCUGCAGACAUCCAUUAAUAAUCGGAAUAUGGUAUGUACAAAGUAUGACUGUAGGAAAUUGGAAGUCAUCAAAAAUGAACAGGAACACAUAAAGAUCAAUAUUCUAGGCAUUAGUGAGCUGAAAUGGACUGGUAUUGGCUAUUUGGAACUAUGCCAAUAAUGACAAAUGGAAGAGGAACAGCUUCGCAUUACAUAGUCAAAAAGAACAUUAUGAAAUCUAUCCUGAAGUACAGUGCUGUCAGUGAUAGCAUAAUAUCCAUACACCUGCAAGAAGGACCAGUUAAUACAACUGUUACUCAAAUUUAUGCACCAACCACUAAGGCCAAAGAUGAAGAAAUUGAAGAUUUUUACUAACUUCUGCAGUCUGAAAUCAAUCAAACAUGCGAUCAGGAUGUGUUGAUAAUUAUUAGUGAUUGGAAUGUGAAAGUUGGCAACGAAGAAGGAUUGGUAGUUGGAAAACAUGGCCUUGGUGAUAGAAACAAUGCUGGAGAUUGCAUGACAGAAUUUAUAAUACCAACGACUUCUUCAUUACAAAUACCUUUUUUCUGCAAAAUUAAUGGUGACUGUACACGUGCAGUGACUAUACACAUGGACCUUGCUGGAUAGAAUUACACAGGAAUCAAAACGACUACAUCUGUGGAAAGAGACAAUGGAGAAGCUCAGUGUCAUCAGUCAGAACAAGGCCAGGGGCCGACUGCAGAACAGACCAUCAGUUGCUCAUAUGCAAGUUCAAGUUGGUGGUAAAGAGGUCGGAGGGAAACAAGGAGAGAGCCUGGUGUCACAGAAGCCAAGCUGUUUUAGUUAUCUAGUGUUGCUGCAACAGAAAUACCACAGUGGAUGGCUUUAACAAACAGAAGUUUAUUCUCUCACAGUUUAGGAGGCCAGAAGUCUGAAUUCAGGGUGCCAGCUCCUGGGGAAGGCUUUUUCUCUCUGUUGGUUCUCAGGGAAGGUCCUUGUCAUCAGUCUUCCCCUGAUCUAGGAACUUCUCAGUGCAGGGACCUCGGGUCCAAAGGAUGCACUCCACUCUCUGCACUUCUUUCUUGGUGUCAUGAGGUCCCACUUCUCUGUGAUUGAUUUUCUCUUUUAUAUCUCAAAAGAGAUUGACUCAAAAUACAAUCUGAUCUUGUCGAUUGUGCCCUGCCUCUUUACCAUAACUGCCUCUAAUCCUGCUUCACUAACGUCGUAGAGGCUAGGGUUUACAACAUAUAGGAUAAUUGCAUCAGAUCGCAAAAUGGAGGACAGUAACACAAUACUGGGAAUCAUAGCCUAGCCAAGUUGACGCACAUAUUUGGGGGACACAGUUCAACCCAUAAUCCAAGCAGAAGAUUGUAUUUCAGGACACAAGUAGUGAUCAACAGAUACUACUAAGCAAUAAGGUGUAAUAAGGUCUUUCUUUCCUCUUAAGAUAUUAGGGUCUACUACUAGUUAUUCCUUCUCUCUAAAUGACAUGUAUUCCUUGUUGUUCUCAUCUGUUCAAUUCCUGAACUUACAUAGUGAGUGUGUGUAUAAUGAGUUUGUUAGGUAAGGAAUAUUGUGUCUUCAGAAUUCAUUUUGUUCCUGAGUGUCAAAUUGUAAGUAGCACAAGUCUGGAUAAUGAUGGAUUUGUUAAAAACUGUAUCUGAAUCUCUUUACCUCUUGUGAGCCUCGAAUCCUAACCACUAGACUAAUGACCUCUUGUUUUGGGAUUGAAGGUUGAGUUAGAAUAGCCAGGGACUCUUCUGUCUGCUUUUCUGCAGGUUCGUUGAAACAGGUUGAUGUCCAUUUGACAAAACACUUGUUCCUUGACUUCACUGUUUUGGGAAGAGUUGUUUUUACUUCAUUUCCCCACUUGUAGACUUCGAUUCAGUGCUAAACCCACUCAAGUCUGAGCGCCCCCUCCACCCGAUUAAAUGCACCUGAACUUGUAGAGCUAAUUAAAGAUCUCCUUAUUGCUAGAGUGGAUACUUUUCUGUUAUUACCUAAACUUCUAGGCAGCUUUUGACACCGUUCACCACUUUAUCCUUCUUAGGAUGCUUUUUUUUUUUUGUAAAUAGUAUUUUAUUUUGUUUUAGAUGAAAGGUUACACAGCAAAUUAGGUUCCCAUUUAACAAUUAUACAGAUUGUUCCAUGACAUUGGUUACAGUUUUCACAGUGUAUCAGCAUUCUCAUUACUUCUAUUCUGUUUGUUUUGUGUCCAUUAAUCUAGCGUCCCUGUUACUCAUUACCUUUUCAUUUUUGCUGCAGGGUAAGUGUUGACCGUUUGGACUCGUAUAGUCAAUUGUUUAAGAGAGCACAUGACUCAUGGGUGAUACUGUUUAUUUUAUAAGCCAAUCUAUUAUUUGGCUGAAAGAUGACCUGCAAAAAUAGCUUCAAUUUCAAGUUCAAGGGUUAUUUUAGGGCAGUAGUCUUGGGAGCUCCUCUAGUCUCUGUUGGUCCGGUAGGUCUGACCUUCUUUAGGAAUUUGAGUUUUGUUGUGCAUUUUUCUCCCAUUCUGUCCAGGGACCUUCUGUUAUGUCCCUGGUCAGAACAGUUGGUAAUGAUAGUGUGCACCGCCUAGUUCUUCUGGUCUCAGGCUAGAUAAGAUAAGGCUGUGGUUCAUGUGGGCUGUUAGUCCUAUGGAAUACUUUCUUCUUUGAGUCUUUCGUUUCCUUCAUUAUCUUUUGUUCCAGAUGAGUAGAGACCAAUACACCUUCUCCUCACUUAUUGAUUAUCUCGUUACCUGACGUUUUGCAUUUACGACAAUAGUAAAAACAUCCACUGUUUUGGUUAUUAACGACAUAUGUCUGUCAGUAACAAACGCCGAGGUGCUGGCUUUGAUGGUUCAGGUUAUAUGUCAACUUGGCUGUGAUCUCAGUGGUUUGGCAGUUAUGUAAUGAUGUAAUUUGGCAUUGGUGUAAUGAUGUAGUCAUCCUGCAUUUUAUGGUCUAAUGUAGUCAUUCCCUAUUUUUGUGUAACACUGACUUCACAUAAAGACUUGGUCUUUGGAACAUAACCAUGUCGAUAAGUGAGAAGAGGGUGCAGUUGUAUCUUAGAUGGCUGUUCGCAGGCUUUUAAGACCCCAGCCACUAUUCACCAAACUAGGGUGUAGAACAAGUAUCUUUGUGAACUACGUUGUGCCAGUUAACUGAAUCGUCCCAUGAGACUGUGGUUCUAAGCCUUUUAACCCAGUAAACCAAUCCUGUGAGGUGUUUGGAUAUGUCUAGGAGGUCUCUGUAAUGGUGUGCCCUAUUGAUUUUGUCUUUUCUGAGGAACCAUAUUUUCCUGGUUUUCUUCUUACUGCUCUGGCCACUCCUUAGUUUGCUAGUUUUUUUUCUGACUUAAUUUAUCAGUAUAUUUCAGGGUUCUGUAGUAUAUGCCCUCAUCUCUUCUCACACUGCAUAUUUUCUGGGUGAUCUCAUUCACUACUGUGGCAUUAAUCUGUUGCCAUUGAGUCGAUUGCAGCUCAUUCAUAAUGACCCUAUAGGACAGAGAGUAAAACUGCCCCCAUAGGGUUUCCAAGGAGCAGCUGGUGGAUUCAAACUGCCAACCUUUUGGUUAGCAGCCUGAGUUCUUAACCACUACACCAGCAGGGCUCCUACUAUGGCAUUAAUUACCCUAAUUAAUGCUUUUGGACAGUAAAUAAGCCAGCCAACACUGAUAUAAAUCUAUAAAGACUACCAUAUUAUUAAGUUGGAUAUUUUGCAUAUGUAAAAGUUAUAUACAAAAUUCAAGACUAUACAUUGUGUAUCUCGAAUGAACUCAUAAAUGCAGCAGUAAUUGAAAUAGUGCUGUUAUUUAGGUUAGGCUCAAACUUGAGUCUUAUGGCUACCUAGAUUAUUCUUGAGUACUCAGAAAAUACAAUAUUAAAAAAAAAUUUAAUAGCCGAAUUGAGAAUCCACAAGCUAAAAGUAGAUGUUAAGCACGCAUUAAAAUCUAAUUUAUUUUGUACUUUAAUUGUGUGUAGUGUUGAUUUUAAUGCUUCCCAGCAGUUAUUCAUAUUGUCAUGAAGUACUUCCUAAAAAUUGUAUUUCUGUGAACAAUUCCAAUGGAAUGAGGUUUUGUUUGAUAAACACUGCCCUCGUGUGGUUAAAGUAAGCUAAUGUUUUACAAAUCUAUUGUAUAGUCUUUCCACUUACAUUAACUUGCGGUUGAAAGAACAGUUUAAUAACAGUAUUUUUACUGAGGAGUACAUGUGGCCAUUUUGCUUUUCUCUCCUCUCCCUCCUGUGUUUCUUUAGUAUGUCUGUGCACAUUUUUCUCAUUUUUCUCUAUGUAUAUAUUCUCACAUGACUCAAAAGAGCUAAAUGUAAAUGAAAAGGUGGAAAAUUUCUAUUAAACUAUGGAAGGAAGGAGAGCUACAUAUAGCAUAAAACACAUAGCAUAGAAGUGCUAAAAGAAAUAAAAGACUAAUCAGUUACAAUAUAUAACAUUAAUAAAAACCUCUAACAAAAACAGCAGUAAUGAAAAGAUGAAUAAAUUGGAAAGAGUGUUUGGUGUAAAUGUGAGAGUAAAAGCUUUAAUAUAUUUAAUAUAAAAAGUAGAGCCCAUACAAAUGGUAUAUAAGUAAGUGUGGACAAUGGUCAUGAAUAAGCAGUUCACAAAUGAAAAAAUACAGUUGUUAAAGCACAAAAAAUAUGAUCCAGAAUGGUGCUCUAUACAGUGAAAUCCAUAAUAUUUGUAACGGUACUUCAAACAAACAAACCAACCUCACUGGUCACUUUUGGAGCAUGCUAGAAAACCAGCUAAUUAUUCUGAGAACUGGUAAAUACAAGGACAGAAUCAGGCACUUACCUUGCAUUUUCUCUAUGAACUGUACCUCAGGUAACCAAAUAGUUCAUGGAGGAAAAUAUUUCUAUUGAAAAGAAUUUUAGCUUAGAAAUGAAGAAGGAGUGGUAAACUGUUGCCACUUUUCAACCCCUAAGUAAGAUGUCUGUAUAGUGAUCAUCAGUGGCUGAUCAGUGGCUGCUAAACAAUUAGGUGGAAAGUUGGUGACAAGCUUUAUAACAGAUGGGUCAAGAGGAUAGCAUCUGAACCCACCGAUUGUUCUUGGGCCUCUCCUGUUGUUUGCUGCCAUCAAGUCAGUUCCCAGUUCAUGGCAAUCUUAUAUACAAAGGGUUUGGACCAUUGUGAUCCAUAGGGUUUUCACUGGCUGAUUUUUGGAAGUAGAUUUCCAGGCCUUUUUUCCUGCUCUGUUUUAGUCUGGAAGCUCCACCGAACCCUGUUCAGCAUCAUAGCACCACACAUGCCUCCACUGACAAGGUGGCAGUGGCUGCGUCUGAGGUCUUAGAAAAAUACCCUAAUACACCCAUGAGUCAUAAAGAAAUUCUUCAAGUUAUCCAGAGAGAAGGACUAAAAGAAAUCAGUGGGACUUCCCCUCUUGCAUGCCUGAAUGCAAUGCUACACACAAACUCCCGAGGUGAAGAGGGUAUCUUCUAUAAGGUUCCAGGUAGAAUGGGAGUGUAUACAUUGAAGAAAGAUGUGCCGGAUGGGGUGAAAGAGCUAUCAGAAGGUUCAGAAGAAAGCAGUGAUGGUCAGUCAGAUUCCCAGAGUUCUGAGAACAGCAGCAGCAGCAGUGAUGGUGGCAGCAACAAGGAGGGAAAAAAGAGCAGGUGGAAAAGGAAAGUAUCGUCUAGACUGUCACAGCCGUCCUCCCCCCAGUCAGGCUGUCCAUCGCCCUCCAUUCCAGCAGGUAAAGUCAUUUCUCCGUCACAGAAGCACAGCAAGAAGGCCCUAAAGCAGGCGCUAAAGCAGCAACAGCAGAAGAAGCACCAGCAGCAGUGCAGGCCAAGCAUGUCCAUCUCCUCCAACCAACAUCUUUCUCUAAAAGCUGUCAAAGCAACGAGUGACUCGGUGCCUGCCAAGCCGGCAGUAUGGGAAGGAAAGCAGUCUGAUGGACAGUCAAGCAGCCCCCAGAACUCAAACUCCAGCUUUUGUUCCUCAGUUAAAGUGGAAAAUCCUUUGCUAGCCUUGGGGAAGAAGUCAUUCCAGAGGUCUGACAGGCUCCACACAAGACAAAUGAAAAGGACUAAAUGUGCUGAAAUCGACGUUGAGACACCAGACUCCAUUCUGGUUAACACAAAUCUGCGAGCAUUGAUCAACAAACACACCUUUUCAGUUCUACCUGGAGAUUGCCAGCAGCGACUGCUUCUGCUGCUUCCAGAAGUAGAUCGACAGGUUGGUCCAGAUGGUUUGAUGAAGUUAAACGGUUCAGCCCUUAACAAUGAAUUCUUCACUUCAGCAGCCCAAGGCUGGAAGGAAAGACUCUCAGAAGGUGAGUUUACACCUGAGAUGCAGGUGAGAAUUCGACAAGAGAUUGAAAAGGAGAAAAAAGUGGAGCUAUGGAAAGAACAAUUCUUUGAAAGCUACUAUGGUCAGAGUUCUGGUCUGAGCCUUGAGGAUUCAAAGAAAUUGAUAGCUUCAACCAGUGAUCCCAAAGUAAAGAAAAUCCCAGCUGAGCAACCAAAAUCCAUGCUUCCUUCAGAGGCCUCUCCUCUCAGAAUAGCCCCAGUAGUUCCCCAGUCAGAGUCUAAAGAAGAAGCAGUACAAAUGCCAUCACCAGUGACAAAAGAAGAGCGUGGGAGCCAAGAUAAGGUGCAGCCAAGCUUCUCCAAAUCCGCAGAGCCCCUACUUUCCUCAGCUACCAAUACAAAUGAACUUAGCAGCAUUCUUCCCAUCAAAUGCCGAAAGGAUGAGGAUAUCAUGGAACAGAAGCCAGUUGCCUCUGCUGAAUCUGAGAGAGAGAAUCAUCUCAACACAACUUCUAAUUGUAACAAAAGUGAAAGCCAAGAUGCUUUAGUUACAUCCCUAAGCAAAACCAAUAGUCCUGGGGUGGAAAAACCAAUAAUGAAGCCCAUAGUAGAAGCAGGUCCACAGGAGACCACUAUGAAAGAGCCUCUGUCAACUCUUGUUGAUCAGAGCCCAGAAGGCCUCAAGAGGAAAUCUUCUCUCACCCAAGAGGAGCCCCCUGUGAGCUGGGAGAAGAGGCCACGUGUUGCUGACAGUCGCCAGCACCAGCAGCCAUUUCAAGGCUCGCCACAGCCCUUUCUCAGCAGAGGGGACAGGGUCCAGGUGCGAAGAGUACCACCCCUCAAGAUCCCGGUCUCCAGAAUCUCCCUCAUGCCGUUUCCUACAUCGCAGGUCUCUCCCAGGGCUCGUUUUCCAGUCUCCGUCACUAGUCCUAACAGAACAGGAGCCAGAACCCUUGCAGACAUCAAAGCAAAAGCCCAACUGGUCAAAGCACAGAGGGCAGCUGCUGCAGCCGCAGCUGCAGCCGCUGCAGCCGCCUCAGUUGGAGGGACCAUUCCAGGACCUGGCCCAGGGGGUGGACAAGGACCAGGAGAGGGCGGUGAAAGGAAAACUGCUAGGGGAGGGAGUCCAGGCUCAGACAGAGUCAGUGAAACUAGAAAGGGCCCCACACUGGAACUGGCAGGAACUGGAAGCAGGGGAGGUACGAGAGAGCUUUUACCCUGUGGUCCAGAGACUCAGCCCCAAUCUGAGACCAAGAACCCAGGCCAGGCACAGCCUCAUAGUGUCUCUGGAGCACAACUACAGCAAACCUCCUCAGUGUCUCCCACAUCUGCCGUCAGUGGAGCAUGCACAAGUGUCCCGUCACCAGCCCGUAUUAACCCACCCCCACCAGCUUUAGAGAAGUUGAAUAAUGAAAAACUGAACCCCACCAGGACAACACCCACAGUGACCUCCCUCAGCCACCUGCAGGGGUCCACUAAUUGCAGGCAGGAGAAAGCACCUUCUACUCCAAAAGGCCCUGCUCUAAUCUCAGGUGCCUCACCUGUUCAUUUUGCAAUUGAUGGCACAGUUGAGCCCAAAGCAGGUUCUAGUAAGAAUACACCAAACCCUUCAGCCUCAGCAGAGACAAAAGCUAGUGCUCCAGUGGAUAUGACUCCUCCUUUGCCAUCUUUACUGACAGCAGCCACUGUAGAAAAGUUUCCUUUACCCCAGGUCAGUGUAACUAUAGCGCCUACUGGAUCAGCUCCAUCCUUGAGCACUUUGCCAGCAGUUUCUAGCCUUAAAACCCCAGGAACUUCUUCAAAUAUGAAUGGACCCAUUUCAAGACCAAGCUCUAGUAUCCCUGCUAAUAAUCCUUUGGUCACCCAGCUGCUCCAGGGCAAAGAUGUUCCCAUGGAGCAAAUCCUUCCUAAACCUUUCACCAAAGUUGAAAUGAAAACUGUUCCCCUGAGUCAAGAAGAAAAGGAGAUAGGCGCACCCACAGGUACCAACAUAACAGAAGGUAGCACAAGAGAAGAAAUCAAUGAACGGCAGUCCCACCCAGCUAUACAGCAGCUGGGUAAAAUGUUGCAAAGUAAGCAGCUACCCCAGGUUCCAAGGACCCUUCAGCUCUUUUCAGCUAAGGAUCUGAGGGACUCUAGCAUUGACACACGCUCAUACCAAGAAGGACUGAGUAAGGCUACCCAAGAUCAGAUCCUUCAGACUCUCAUCAAAAGGGUUCAGAGGCAGAAUGUUCUCCCAGCCCUGCAGCCCAACCAGUUCAACUUUGCUCACUCAGGUUUCCAAUUAGAAGACAUCUCCACAAGCCAGAGGUUCAUGCUGGGUUUUGCUGGCAGAAGGACAUCCAAGCCUGCAAUGUCAGGCCACUACUUACUUAACAUUUCCACCUAUGGCAGGGUUUCUGAGAGCUUUAGGAGGACCCAUUCAGUAAACCCUGAAGACCGUUUUUGCCUAAGUAGCCCCAGUGAGGCCUUGAAAAUGGGAUAUGCAGACUGUAAAAAAGCAACAGGAGAUAGUAGCAGCGGCAAAGAAGACGAUACUGACGAGGAGAGUACUGGUGAUGAGCAGGAAUCUCUCGCCGUGAAAAAGGAGCCUCAGGCUUCCCAGAGUUCUGACAAGUGUGAAACAAGUUCAGGACUCCACAGUAGGGACGCCCUAUCCAGCAGUGACUGCUUAGCUAACAGGAAUGUGAAGGCAGAGACAGUAGUGAAUGAGCAAACCACUUUAAGCAAGGAGAAUUACCUAUUCACUAGAGGCCAGACAUUCGAUGAAAAGAUCCUAGCCAGAGAUUUUAUUCAGGCAGCACAGAAGCAAAUGGCUCAUGCAGUGAGAGGUAAGAUGAUGUGUAGCAGCCCUGAGCUUUUCAGUUCUGCUGCUCUUCCUGUACCUGCAGACAGCCCCACCCGAAAGCCUCUACUCCUUCCACCACUGCAAACCCCAAAGCUGUACGGAAGCCCCACACAGAUAGGGCCAAGCUACAGAGGCAUGAUCAACGUCUCCACCUCAUCUGACAUGGACCAUAGCUCUGCUGUGCCGGGUAUGCCUGACUGUAGCCAGGUAUCUAGCAACGUAGGUGAUGUCAUGUCCUUUUCAGUGACCGUCACUACCAUCCCUGCUAGCCAAGCUAUGAAUCCCAGCAGCCAUGGCCAAACCAUUCCUGUUCAGGCCUUUCCCGAAGAGAACAGCAUAGAGGACACGCCUUCGAAAUGUUACUGCCGAUUGAAAGCCAUGAUCAUGUGCAAAGGGUGUGGCGCUUUUUGCCAUGAUGAUUGCAUUGGCCCCUCUAAACUGUGUGUCUCCUGCCUUGUCGUUCGGUAAUGACACUAGAAAGAACACGCUGUAAAGGAGGGGGAAGGGAAGAGUUGAUGAAAUGUGUUUUUUGCAUCCUUUUGGAAUCACAGAAAUAAAUAGGUUUCAGUUGUCUUCAGAGACAAAUGUUGCUGAAUCAGGAAUACAGAGUACAGAUCUUUCACAUUUUAGAGGAAGAGCACCUUGUCUAGUAAGUCUAAGUCAAGCAAGACUUUGUGAAAUUUGUGACAAGUUUGCACUUACAAAAUCAUGUAAAUAUGUCACAUUUUGUUUUAACAUUGUUUUUCCAAGUGUUUAGGUAAUAAUGUGUUACUUUGAAUUCAGAUUUAUGUUCUGCUUGAUGCGACUCUCAGAAAGGUUUCAUGCAAUAUAUGGUGACGGAGAGCCGUCUCCCUUCUGACCUUUUCUAAGAGGCUAGGAAAAGGAAGGAGUGAAGGAAUGGUCUAAGGAAAUGAGCAUCCACGCUGAUUAGGUAUGUCUUGACAGUCUGGCUGCAGGUUAUAAAUAGAUGAUUCAGACUUGGCAAGGUGUGGAUUCAGGGUUUACUCAGUCCCUUUACUUUAGGUGGAACCUCCUUAAGUUCAAAUUAUAUAAGGCAUCGGUUUCACAGGUAGUGUUUCAGACUUUGAAAGCUCUGACCUGGUUCUUGGUUUCCAUAAACCAGUGCUAUCGCCAAGCACUCCGCUUGCAAUCUGUGAAUCCCUGCUGUUUCCUAAUCCCGCUCCCACACCCUGAGACAGCAAGUGUGGUCUUUGCAGGCUGUGCCUCUCUGGCCCGUUGUGCUUCUGUAGCCUGUGCAGGACAACACUUCAGCAGUACUGCCCAAGCACUUAGUCAUUCAUAAAUCCUAGUCUGAAGCUUACGGAAAAGUGUUAGCGAUGGCAUGAUUUGAGCUGUGGGCUUUUUUGGGCAAAGGGAGUGAAGGUGCAGAGACUGUUAAGGUGAACGUAAAGAACUUUGGAAGCAAUUUUAACACUAGAAGCAAGGUAGCCCGUCUGUCUUCUUCUCUCCCAACCAGUUACCUAAUGUUCUAUAGUCACUGCUGUUGCAGAUAGAAAAUCUCGCUAAUGCCACAUUUGCCCGUUCUGUUAAACCUGUUUUGACCUCCCAGGCACCCGUGGAGGACAGAGUAAUCUUAUUAGAUAUUGCUUUAAAACACACACACGGUGAAAGUCAGGAAUUUUUCCUGUUUUAGAAAACGUGUCCCUUGUUUUAGAUUUCUGCUGUCUGCACUGGAAAUUUUUAAUCUAAAGGGGCUUCAGUGAAUGGCUAAGGACAUAUCUAGAGAAGAAGAAGAAAUUAGGCCCAAAGUUUCAUUGUUUGUUUUUUCAUCUUUUGCUUCCGUUUUUGUUGUUGUGCUUUUUGUUUUUUUUAAUCUUGUUUCUAGUGAUGGAAAAUUUUUUGAGUACAUAAUAUUUAGGUCACAGUUAAAGAACAUUAAAAUAAUAAAUCUGCAGUUACCAGAAUUCGAUUUUAAAUGGGGAUCGGCAGUUUGCAUCAUUUGCGUAUUGAUUUCAAGUCUCCUAAUUUCAAGCGUAUAAAGUAAAAUUAUUAGUGCAACCUAGUACAGUUGCAUUUGUACUUAAUAUCCAAGAUGUGAUAUUUAUAAAAUACAGACCAGUUUAAACUUGUAAAUUAAGUCACAUUCCCGAUAGGAGAGAGUAGGCAGUAAUUCUUGUUUUGCUCCCCUUUUGGAGCCUGCAAUGGGCCUGGAGCUUUCUGCCACCACCACUGCCCGCUUUGCACACUCUUAAUGCUUUCCCACAGCCCCUGCUCGAAACCUCAUAAGAAACUCUACUUUUCAUUUUUCUUUUCUGGCAUUUUUUUUUUUUUAAUGACUCAAGGCAAAUAUAGGAUUAAUAUCUGUGUUCCAGUUUCAGCCAAGAUAAUACGAUGCCUUUCCAUCUUUUGCUUUUCUUCAGCACUCACAUAGCUAAAGAGAUAUGAAGGCUGCAAUGAUCCAGGGAUAAAGGAGUAAGUUCUUGAGCCAAGAACCAUUAGGAAACAAACACCAUGGCUCUGCUGCCAAACUUUGAGUGCACUGGAUAGUCCAAGGGGAGUUUAAAAAGACCUUUUGAUGGGUGAAACUCCUCCCCAUGGCCGGCCUCUUCACUUAUCACUUCAGUGGCAGGGCUGAGGGCUGGUGUGCACGUGGAGGUGGUUGAGUGUUUCAGAACUAAGCCCAAGCUAAAUAGCAAAUUACCAAUUUGGAUUGAUGAAAGUGACCUUUCUGCUUUGCUCCUUUCCUGUCAUAGAAAGGCUUUCUUCCAUGGCUCCCUUAAUCUGAGGAUGGACAGAUUGUAGCUAGGAAAGGAGAAAAGGUGUCAGGGAUUUCUGAGACCAUUUGAAGAGCAAACCAUAUUGUGCCUCUUCGUCUUGACCCAGGCUAACAUAGAUAGGUCCUAAGUGUUAGUAUUCACCAGAUUCUCUUUGUAAAUAAUACUCAGCUAAUAAAAUAUUUUCAUCUAGGAACACCCCCGAGACAGAAAUUUCCAUAGGUACACUGCCUCAGUCUUAACCAAAUGAGAGAACAGUUCGAUUCCCAUAGAUUGUUGUAAAUUGGAUUACAGUGGUUUCAAGUAGAAAGUCACUCAUGAGUUAAACAGAAAAAUCGUAGUCUGGCCCUUUUGAAAAAUGAAGUAGGAACAAAAAAAUCUUUAAGUAACUUAUUAGAGUAUGGUACUCUAAUACCUUUAAAGCAGUGUUUAUCUUAGGUUUUCAGAGUUCAAUCUGAAAUGUUUUAUAGUAAGUGCUAAGCUUAUUCUUACGGUAUUGAGUUAAGUUGCACUACUUCAGUGACCAGUCGGGCAGUGUGCCUGAUGCAGACGCCUCCAGCGUACCCUUCUCUAGCCUUCAGAGACCCUCCAUUGCAGGUCACCUGGGGGAGAUAGCAUUAACAAUAUAUCAUCUCAGUCUUAUUUAGCAAUGGUCUAAGUUGUCUAGUAGAGAAGGCUCCCUGAAUCUUAACGCAUUUUUGAUUAAUUAAAAUUCUCCAUCCUAUUUAAUGAGAAAAUAAAGCCAAAUAAACAGAUAACCAGGAGCUGUUAGCCCUACUUGUAUUGCUUAACUCUUUUACUCAAAUUACUGAAGCUGUCUGUGGCAUCCAUGUGACAUUUUUUAAGUAUAAGAGCUGGCCAACAGGAAAUUUAUCUUGAGGGGUGGUGGGAAGCAUAGUUACAUGGGCUGGGCUGGCACACAGAGAUAGAUUUCUAAGACUUAAACAUCAGAUUUGAAUAAAUAGCCAAAGGAAGACCCCAUUGCCUUCCAGGUGAAGGUGUAAAUUCAUACAUACUAGUCACCUGACAGUAACCAUCUCAGUUGCUUUUUAUUGCCUUUUCCAUCUCAGAGACCCUUAAAGAACUCUUUGGUGAAAUUAUUUGUUAUAAUGAAGAGGGUCUUCUCUCAUUAUUACAGCGGUAUUUAUUGCUAGUACCCACCGUCAGUGAGUAGUGCCAGGGUUGUUUUCUCUGUGACCUAGAGGUUUCAUGUUGCAGCAAGGAGGGAAGAGUCUCCCCACUGUGUAACCACAAAGUACUAAGGAAAACACUUGGUCCGAGGGUAGUUUUCAGCUCAACAUAUAGAAUAGUCCAAAGAGACUUUGGGAAACAUGAUGGUAGGCAGGGGCCUUUCCUACCAUGUUUCAGUACCUAUAUGCCUGUUGAUAGAGAACAAUAGGUAAGAUAUUUCCUAAAGUUGAAGUAAUAGCUUCAGAGAUUCUUGGUUAUUUUAUUUUUUUUAAUGCUUUACAUUUGAUACAACUAUUAAAGAUCAAUUUUAAAAAUAGCUUUCCAGUAAUAUAUUUUGAGUAAUAUAUAUUUUAAUAUCUAUGUAAAAAGUGACAGUGGAAGACUCUGAAUUUCUCUUAUAUGGUAUGUUAACUGUAGAACCUCACUGUUAAGGCACAAAUUCUUUCCAAGGAGGUUACUCUAAAGUCACUCAGAUUAUUUCCGGAAAAUGCAAUAAGAGGGAUAGUUUUGGGGUUUAUUUUUUAUUUUAAAGGAAAUUGACGUGUUUACCACAAGCUAUUUUUUUCCCUUCUGGCUACAAGGUUUGUACAGACUGGUUUGGUAAAUGCUAAGCUUUUGUGUCUUUUGCCUUUUAAAAGGAAUUGUUAACAUUGGAAUUGAGGGUAUGUACAGAGAAGUUGGUGUCAACACCAUUUAAAAAGUCAUAUUUUUUCACAAAUAAUAUAGAAAAAAUCAUUUUACAUAAGAAUUUUAAGUAUUUGCAAUAAAUAUAUGUAUAUAGAUUGUAUGUAUUCAUAUAUUCUUAUUUUUCAUUUUAUUAUUAAGUAAAAGAUAAUUAAAAGUGACAAUAAAAACCUUGGAGUUUUUGGUGACUUUUGAGAUCUAACAUAUAUCUGAGAGUGGUAUGGGUAAGGGCCCUCAGUUGUUGCCUUAUACUACUUUCAGAAGGUUACCGCAGAUUGUAUGGGGGGAAAAAAGUAAAAUGAGGCAUUUGGUGAUAAACAAAUCAAGGUAGUGUAUUUCUUUCAGAGCCCUAGUAAAAAUAUUAAGUCUCUUAGUCUGUUUGUCUCCUUGUUUCAUCUAUUCUGUCUCUUAACUGCUUAAUCCUUGGGUUCCUGGAAAAGUGAAAAAACCAGGUGCAGCCUCUUUUUUAAUGUGGCUAUUUUUUUUUAUUGUUUGCUUCCAAAACAAAGAAUGGUAAGGAAGUAUCGGGUGGGGGGGAAUAGGUUUUCCUUUCUCCACAGUGGUCAGUAAUUCAUCAGCAAACAUUCACUGCCACCACCUUCCAAGCCCCUAGGAGUGUGUAAAGAAAUAACCACAGAGAAUAUUAGAAGACUUUUUUCUGUUGCCAAUGCUUCUCUGAGAAGUGGUAUUAUGGCCAGUUUCCUCUUCUUUCUGACUGAUCUGGAGAGGUAAAAGAGCCGGGAAAACCAUGUACAAGUAACAUCUGUGGCUUGCUUAAAUUCUCUUUCAGCAUUACACUUAAAUUUUGAACUUCCUAGUGUCAUUUAUAAAAAUGGCAGCUGAGUCAAAUGUUAGGAAGGGACAGUAGUCUCAGUCCAUACCUAGAGAUAACCUGGAAUCCAGCUGUCCAAGAGAACUCAUUUUGUGGUUGUAAACACUUGAUUUUGGAGUAUGAUUGAGGGAGAAGAGAUGAUACCUAGAUAGUCUUCGGAAAUUAAAGCAUAUAACCCAUUCUUUAAAAAUAAAUAAUGUAUAGAUUUAUUCAUGACCUGAAAGAAAAGCUGAGAAGGUCAGAUUCUCAGGAAUGUAUCCGAGUGACCCAUGAAACUGAGUUUGUAUUGUAGUUUCCUAGUUCUCCCCAUAAUUGUUCAGCUGUAGUUAUUUUUACUGAUAAAAAUAACAUUUUGGAAAUUAAUAAGGACUCAUUGUAUGCUUUUUUUUUUUU